CUGUUCUACGAGACCUACUACAGCCUGAGCCAGCUGUACCCGCUGCUGCUGCUGCUGCUGCUCAUCGUGCUGGGCGCCUGCCUGGCCCUCCUCACCAUCCACCUGGCCAGCGGGAGGGAAUUCUCCUCCAACCUGAGCUUCCUCAUCACCUUAUUCGUGGCCCUGGCUGUUUUCUCCCUCAUCCUCAUCCUGGUCUGCAUCGAGAGCAUCUUCCAGGAAUGCACAAGGGUCUUCUCGGCCAUCAUCUGGGCUUGUCUCCUAGCCAUGGGCUACAUCUUUGUAUUCACCAGCGGAGUGGUCAGUGCCUGGGACCAGGUCUCAUUCUUCCUCUUCAUCAUCUUUACCGUGUAUACCAUGCUGCCCGUGUGCAUGCGGGAUGCCGUGGUCGCUGGCCUUGCCUCCUCCCUCUCCCACAUCAUUGUUUUGGGCGUCUACCUGUCAGCUGGGCGGGGGUCACGGGCUGAGCUAGCUGUGCAGCUGCUGGCCAACACGGUGAUCUUCAUCUGUGGCAACCUGGUGGGAGCCUAUCACAAGCACCUGAUGGAGGUGGCUUUGCAGGAGACCUUCCAGGAGACCUUCAAACUCAUCCAGUCCCGAGUCAAGCUGGAGUCUGAGAAACGGCACCAGGAGCACCUCCUUCUCUCCAUCCUGCCCGCGUACAUUGCCAUGGAGAUGAAGGCCGAGAUCAUCGAGCGGCUGCGGGAUGGGGGGCAUCAGGAAAGUCCAAACAAUUUCCACAACCUUUACGUCAAGCACCACAAGAACGUCAGCAUCCUGUACGCCGACAUCGUGGGGUUCACAAGGCUGGCCAGCGAGUGCUCCCCGAAAGAGCUGGUCCUGAUGCUCAAUGAGCUUUUCGGCAAGUUUGACCAGAUUGCCAAGGACAAUGAGUGCAUGCGCAUCAAGAUCUUGGGUGACUGCUACUACUGCGUCUCGGGCCUGCCAGUCUCGCUCCCCAACCACGCACGCAACUGUGUCAAGAUGGGAUUGGACAUGUGCCGGGCUAUCAAGAAGCUACGGGAUGCCACCGGUGUGGACAUCAACAUGCGGGUUGGGGUGCACUCGGGGAACGUGCUGUGCGGGGUCAUAGGGCUCCAGAAGUGGCAGUACGAUGUCUGGUCCCACGAUGUGACGCUGGCUAACCACAUGGAGGCUGGAGGAGUGCCAGGGAGGGUGCAUAUAACAGAGGCCACCUUGUCUCACCUGGGAGGGGUCUAUGCUGUGGAGGAAACCUGUCGCUGGCAGCGUGACCCCUUCCUGAAGGAGAACAAAGUAAAGACGUUCCUGGUCAUUGACCCCUGGGCGGGAGCGGAAAGCUGCGACACCCUGUCCCCGGUGCCCGGGGAAGGCCCGAAGAUGAGGGCGUCGGUCCGUAUGACCCGCUACCUGGAGUCCUGGGGGGCCGCCAAGCCCUUUGCCAACCUCAAGCACCUCGAUACCAUCCCAGCUGAUCAGCCAGGAUUCACCAGGAACAACCAUUCGGAUAGCUCUCUGGGGUCCCUGAACCAGUCAAAGACCAUGGAGCGGGUUCGUUCCCCCAAGGGGCCGGAUGAGGAGCUCGAUGGGGUGGAUGAGAAAUUCUUCCAGGUGUUGGAACAGCUCAACUCCCAGAAACAGUGGAAGAAGUCGGAGGAUUUUAACCGCAUCACCCUGUACUUCAAGGAGAAACUCAUGGAGAAGGAGUAUCGACUCUCCGCUCUGCCUGCCUUCAAGUACUACACGGCCUGCACCUUCCUGGUCUUCCUCUCCAACUUCCUCAUCCAGAUGCUGGUGGCCCACAAGACCCCAGCUCUAGGAAUCUCCUACGGCAUCUCCUUCUUCCUCUUCAUCCUCCUCCUCUUCAUCUGCUUCGCUGGGAACCUGGCGAAGUGCUUCCAGAAAGGCCCCAAGAUGCUGUACUGGGUGCCCUCCCUCUCCACGGCUGUCUGCACCCAGCCCUGGCUCCGGGUCACCCUGGGCGUCACCACCAUCCUGGUCGUCCUCACCAUGGCGAUGUUCAACUUCUUCUUCAUACCCAGGCCCUGGUGUCCUCCACCAUCCCAUAAUCCCACGGUGCCAGUGAAUGCCACACGAGAAUCUCCCUCGACCGAUUCCUUAUUCAGCAUUCCGUACUACGUUUACUGUUGCAUCCUGGGACUCCUCUCCUGCUCACUCUUCCUCCACAUGAAUUUUGAACUCAAGUUCCUGAUGCUGACACUUUGCCUGGUGAUCUACAAUGUCCUCUUCCUCCGCAGCCACGCCUGGCUCUCCGACUGCUACGUCGGGCGCCUCUACCCCAACCAGACCGUGCUCAGGCCGGGGGUCCUGAAGGAACCCAAGCUGAUGGGAGCCGUUUCCUUCUUUGUCUUCUUCUUCACCCUGCUGGCCCUGGCUAGACAAAACGAGUAUUAUUGCCGCCUUGACUUCUUGUGGAAGAAGAAGUUCAAGAAGGAGCGUGAGGAGAUCGAGACCAUGGAGAACCUGAACCGUGUCCUGCUGGAGAAUGUGCUCCCGGCCGACGUGGCGCAGCAAUUCAUUGGCCAGAACCGGCGUAACGAGGACCUUUACCAUCAAUCCUAUGACUGUGUCUGUGUCCUCUUCGCCUCCAUCCCCGACUUCAAGGAGUUUUAUUCCGAGUCCAACGUCAACCACGAAGGGCUGGAGUGUCUGCGGCUGCUCAAUGAGAUCAUUGCGGAUUUUGAUGAGCUGCUCUCGAAGCCAAAAUUCAGUGGUGUGGAGAAGAUCAAGACCAUUGGCAGCACCUACAUGGCAGCUACGGGAUUAAAUGCCACUUCUGGCCAGGACAACCAGCAGGAUGCCGAGAGGAGCUACACUCACCUGGGCAUCAUGGUGGAGUUCGCGGUGGCCCUGAUAGCCAAGCUGGAUAUCAUCAACAAACACUCCUUCAACACCUUCAAACUCCGUGUGGGUAUAAACCAUGGCCCCGUGGUGGCUGGUGUGAUCGGAGCCCAGAAACCCCAAUAUGACAUUUGGGGAAACACGGUGAAUGUGGCGAGUCGCAUGGAGAGCACUGGGGUGCUGGGGAAGAUCCAGGUCACAGAGGAGACAGCUAGGGCCCUGGAGACCCUGGGUUACACCUGCUACCUCCGUGGGGUUAUCAAGGUCAAGGGCAAAGGCCAGCUACGGACCUACUACGUCUGCACCGACCUGUCCCGCUGUGGCCUGCAGGCCCCCAUGCUCAGCUGA